UUGUAUUUUUUUUAUCGUAUCGAUUUUUCGUUUUUGUAUUCCUUAAGAUAUUACAUUAUGUUUUAGGAUAUAUUAUAUUAGUAUGUAUUAAUUUAAUAAUAUAUUCAUAAAAUGGCAAAAGUCAGUAGUGGCAUAUUUCAGUUUAUAUUAAUUGCUGGAGCAUUAGGCGUGGUUCAAGGAUUAUUGUGGCUUGGUUUAGGUAUAGCAGUAGUUAUUAUAAAAUCUUCGAUAACUGUAUGCCAGGAUGAAAAUUUGCAGAGUGACAGCAUAGGCAUAGGCUGUGCUAUUUACAACGUGUUUAUCAAAGACAGCGAAGACGACCACCGAAUCAUUAAUGCAGAAGGAUUCAUAAUCUUUGUGUAUAUAUAUUUAGGCCUCAGUCUAUUAUGGUUUUUUGUUUCAAGUUUUUCGAUUUGGGGGACACUUCGAGCUGGUAACAAUUCUAAGGCGAAAAAUGUUGUAUGGUCAGCGACUACGACAGUUAUUUCUUUGAUUGAUGUAAUUCUAAUGUCUUUAUUGGUUUACGAUUAUAUCAAUUACGAAGGUGGUAGAACCAUUGCCGAAAAUGUUGCAUUUGGAAUUGUCCUGAGUAUAGCAGUACGUGGUUAUGUUCUGUGGAUAAUAAACCUUAUAUUUGCAAUUGUAUUAGGAAAAUCAGCUUAUAACCAGUACAGAAAUGCACCAACGAAUAAUCAAUCAUACAUUGAUGCAUUUGACACAAGUCUUAGACCUCCAUGGGAAACAGAUAAUGAUUUCCAGCAGAAUAUGUCUAAUGAGGAAUACAAUAGUGGUUUUAUAAACGACACUGAUGAUACUUAUAAGUCAAAUUCGUUUAAUAAGAUACGUAUUGGAAGUAAUCAAUUUAAUAACAAUAACAAUACAGAAGCUAACAAGGAAAGCACUAAUUUUUCAAGAAAUCCCCUUUCCAAUCCUUCAAACCAAAACUGGCCUAAAAUAGGACCUAUAAAGGAUGUUAACAAAUCCACAUACAUUGGCGACGGUCUAGGUCUAUCUACAAAUAUUUCUGGUCGUCCACUUUCAGAUUUCCCACAGAAUUCCAACACACAAUUCUUACAUGAGUCUAAGGGAGCCGACAUUACUCAACUGCACAGUCGUGUUAGCAAAAAUAAUGAUAGUCCGUACAUUCCUGAUCCAGAUUAUUCACCUCCUGGAUCUCCUAGAGUAAAGGGUGUAUUAAGGCCUAGAAGUAAUUACGUUAUAUGACAUAAUACUAUAAAAUAUAAUUAGUUAUUAAUUUAAUUUUAUUAUUAAAUAAAUUAUCUAA